AUGUUGGCACCAGUGCGUGCUCCGCAGUCGCGGAUUGCCGGCUCUGGCAACGUGCGGACGGUCGGAUACAACGGAGAGCUGGCGCAGAAACAGUUUGAGCUUGAGGGCCAUGUCACCUUUACCGACAUGGACCUGCGUGUCGAGCUCUACAAGCGCAACCCGCUGGGAGUGGAGGAGCUGGUGUUGGGGCGUGUCGUCCGCGGCGUGAAUCCGGCGAUGACGGUGAGGGAGCUUUGUCACCGUGUGAACGACGAGCUUAACCACGGCUCGGCAGACUCGACACCGGAGCAGGGCUGGGGCUUGUUCAUCCCGUGGGACGCGCAGGCAUCGCUCAUCAACACUGGUGCGGCGCCGUCGUCGUCGCUGGUCGACGUCGAGUUCAAGUCCCAGUACCUCGAGCUCCAUCACGACCUGCAUCGAUACAACCUGACGGGUGGCAUGCGGCUGCACUACAAGCAGCGGCGGCGGACGAUCCGGGUCCUGGUCUUUGAUGCGGUCAAGCGGGUGCUCAUCGACGAGGCGUGGAACGUGCAGAAGAUAUCCGAAGCGGUGGCGACGGCGGCCGGCGUCCGCAACGUGGCCGAGUACUCGCUCAAGCUCCGCGACGAUCCGGAGGAGCCCGAGGCCGGAUGGCUCAACGUCAAUCUCACGCUUCACGAGCAAAAGGUGCGACUCGACCCAUGGGAAGCCAACAAUGAGACGCAUGUGCCGGAUCCACUCAUUUUCAAGCAGAAACUCUUCUUUCCGGAUGGGGCACGAGGGCACGUGGAUGAGGACCUGGCCGACCCGCUGCAGGCGCGGCUGCUGUACCGGCAGUACCGACAGAUGGUGUCGACGCGGCAAAUGCCGGUGAGCGAGGACGAGGCCGUGGCGCUCGCAGCGUGCAUCUUGCAGAUCGAGGAGGGCGACUACACCAAGUCCAAAGAGGCGCACGCGGCGCUUGAUGGGGCGCUGGCAACCAUUGUACCGCCGCCGCAUACCGAGGCGAAAAAGAUUGACGACGCCGUGGUCAAGGCGUACAAGGCCUUGCGCGGGAUGUCUGGCGUGGCAGCGGUGCGAAAGUAUGUCGAACUUGUGCGCGGCUCGCCAACCUUUGGGUGGGCGUUUUUCGAGAUGCGCGAGCGGAUUGUGGCUGGGCGGCGAGCGCGCAACAUUCCGCGGCUGCUUGCUGUCGGAGGGAAGGGCAUUGCACGAGUGGAGCCCAAGGCAAUGCGGUUUCUCAUUUCCAACCCGUGGGCCGACUUGACCGAGGCGUACGGCGCACAGGUCGACUCGUUGCCAGGACUCCGCAUCGAGUUUGCGUCGGAGCCCUUAGCGCCGUUCCAGUGUGUGCUUGGCAAGCAAGACGAGCAGUAUGUGCACGACUUGCUGCGGCUCAUUCGCGAGUACUUUGCCUACUUUGCGGCGCACGUGGUGGUUGACACGGGCGAGGAGAUGGCGCCGCCGGUGUGGGACGAGGUGCGGCGACCGACAGCCGCGAGUCUCAUCUAUCCGGCCCGGCCCAAAGGCAAGCAACGCGAGCCGGAACGCAAGCUUGUCAACAUGGUGAUUUCGGCGAGCGACGCGCCGCCGGCCUCGCCAGCCCAGGUCAAGUCGGCGAUGCCCGGCAUUGUUGCGGCAGCCAGCGCCGCGCUGCCGUCGACGGCUGAUGCGCCGCUCCCGCAGCGUGCAGCUGCUGUGGAUGCCGAUUUCGAGGACGACGAUGCGCGCGAGGCUCGGCUGCUUGCGGUGGCCGACUCGAAUGAUGCGCUGGUCGAUGUCACCGCAGCGGUCAACAUUGGGUUGGCCAACCUGGUGCUGGCUGCCGGCGGUGGCGAGCCGUCGCUGGUCGACUCGUCGCUUCUGCUUGCCGCAGCACAGUCGGUUGCUGACGCGUUGGGCGAGAUGCGUGGGACGGUGGACAAGGGCGCUGAGCUGGCGUCGGAUCCGAUCGAUGCGGCUGCCCUGGGCAAUGCGUACAAUACGGUCUCGUCCGGCGCGCUGACCAUGCUCGGCGCGGCAGGAGCCGUGCUCGGGCCCAGCGGAACGAUUGACACGCUCGCUCUCGACUCGCUGCUUGGAGCUGCCAGCAAUGUCUCGGGAGCGCUCGCAGCCAUGCUUGGCGCGGCAGGCGUUGGCGCACCGGCAAGCCGGGCGGGCGACUCGCUGCUCGAGCUGACGGCGAGGAUGGCCAACGUCGAGGCGCCGGCGUUUGCAGUGAGCAUGGACGGCAAGCACUUUUCAGAGCUGCCUGUGGUGACCACCCACAAGCUUCACGCGCAGGCGGCCAGUCUCCCAAAGGCCACGGCACGUUUUUACGCGCAGCUCCAGCUCCUGCUGCCGUCGAUCAAGGUCGAUGCGGCCGCGGCGAGUCUGCUGGCCCAGGCGCGAAUGAUGGCGACAAUGGUAGAGAGUGCGACGGUGGCUGUGCCGAUCGACGAGAACGAGCCGUACGCUGCCGGCUCUACGCUUCGCACCACCAUGCAGGCUGUGCUGGCGGGACUUGAGGCUCUUGUCACUGUACCCAUAGUUGACGACGCGGUGGCCGAGGCAGCGAGUGCUAUUGACGCGUCUCUGAGCAAGAUUCUGGAGCACGCCGAUGAGCCUGCGACGGUGCGGGCGCUGGUGAACGGCGUAGGGAUGCGGGUGGCGAGCCUGUGCGAACUCGCUUCGCUCGAGGCCGGUGCUUUUGGCAUGGGCGGCUCGUACGACUCGCUGCUAGCGGCGUCGCAGGACGUGGCUGACGCUCUGGCCAAGCUCAAGGGCGCCUCGCGGGCGCUUUCUGCGACAGACGGAUCGGAUGAGGCGCGCGAAUCGCUGGAGUGCGCAGUGGCCGGUGUCCAAGAUGCGCGGGGCGCGUUUGUCGCUGAGCGAACUCAGCUAGAGGUCAUGCGCGAGGUGGUUGCCCUCGUCGAGAAUGUGCAGGACAAGCUGGCAGUGACUGUGGCGCGACUUACGCCUGUAAGCGCUAGCAUGGAGGAAGGGCGGGCAAAGGAAAAGAGCUCACGGGCGCUGGCUGACGCGCAACGGACGACCGACUCGCUUCACCGAGCCAUGCGUGUGUACGCCGCGGCGCCAGCGGAGCUAGCGUCGCAGGACAAGUUUCUCCAGGCGGCACGCAAGGCGGUGGACAAGUCACACCGGCUGGCAACCGCAGCCAAGACGAGCGAAGACGAGGGCGCGGAAGCGGCAGGCGGCGCGUUGGCCGAGUCGGUCGACGCGCUCGAGGCCGGAACGCAAAAGGCGAGCGUGGUCUGUUGGCCGAUUGACCUCAACUACGCACUAGAGCUCAUUCGCGGGGCGCUGCGGCGGCUGGCAGCUGAGUCGGCGGCGGCGGCGGAAGGAAAGCUGGUGCGCGGGAGCGAUGUCGACGACCGCGACGCGAGCGCGCUGCAGCGGCAAGAUGCGCUGGUGGCGUCGGUGAGCGCGGUGCCGCCGGUAGGCGAAGCGCUUGUCGAGUCGGCGCUGACCAAGACGGCACCGGAAAUGUCACAGGUGGCCAAGGACGUGGCGGCGGAGAUUGUGCACGCGUCCGACUCGGCGUCGGCGCUCGCCCAGGUGGUCGAGGCAGCCGAGGACCAGCACACACUGCUGGAGGCAGCGGUGGCGGUUUGCCACGAAGGCGCAGCGCUCAUUUCCAAAGCACGCGAGGCGCGGCGGCGGCCCAACGACGCGACCCAAGAAUUUAUCCUGAUGCAUGGCAACGAGCUGCUCCGCGAAGCACUUCACAAGCUCGAGUUGGCGAUGCCCGGAGCAGGCGACUGCGCAUCGGGUGUGGAGGCGAUGGCAGCAGCGCUGGAGAAGAUCAAUGCGGAGGCUGUGCCGUCGGGCCUGGACGACUUGCUUGCGGUGACACAGAUGCUCGCAGGUGCGAUGGAGGUGCUGUCGUCCGGAAGCAGCGGAGCGGUGCCAGACGCGAUGCUGAGCGGGGUGCCAGACUCUAGCGACCUGGUGGCGCAUGGCGACCCGACGCACGGCUUCAAAAACGACGUUGUGUCUGCAGGGCGGGCACUGUGCUCGGCGAUGGGCAAGCUGGAGACCGCGGCGGCGAGCUCGCCGCGAGACCUUGCGCUUGUGGCGCGGCGAGUGACGUCGAUCGGCCAGCUGCUGACCGAGGUCGUGACUGGGGCGGCGGCAUCAGACGAGUUCAAGGCUGCCAAGGCCGACCUACUUGUCCCGCUGGAAGCGGUGAUCGAAGCGGUGAGCAGCGGGCUGGCGGCGGCGGGCGAGCUCGCCAAGUCGACCGAGCCGAACCCGCGGGCCUCGGGAGUGCUGCAGAGCUCUGAGGUUCCGGCAGCAGUCAAGACGCUCAACAAGGCCAUUGACUCUGUGGUCAAUCCGUCCAAGUCGACGCAAGCCAAGGAGUUCAAGGCUGCUGUGAGCGCGAUCCUGAAGGCCCUGCCGGGUCUGGAACCAGCCCAUCUCCCACCAGCGUCGCAGUACCCGAUCCACGGCCUGCAAGAGGACUUGCUUCAUGCUGCAGACCUGCUCUCGCUCUCGUUGCACAAGCUGUCCGAUGUUGCGGCGACGCGGCCCAACUCGGCGUCGAAGCAGGCCAAGGCGACGGCGACGCUUGCGGCGCGGUUGGUGGGCAAGGCUGCCGUGGCGGGAGCGACGGUGCAGGCGAGCGGGCGAUCGGUGCAGACGAACGAGGCGGGCAGAGCCGGGAGCAAGGUCGAGACGAGCGAGUCACGCAAAGCGAGCAACACAACGGCAUAUGACGAGCUGCAAGACGAGCUCAAGGCUGUGAUGAAGGCGCUGGCAUCGUUGCUGCGAGCCAAGCCCUCGUCAAAGAAGAAGUUCAAGGGCGCGUACACAAAGGUUGUGCUUGCGGUCCGCGACCUGCUUGUGGCGGCCAAGGAGGUGUACAAGAGUUUGGCAGACGCCGAGGCCGACAAAGACGCGCUCAAGAGCCUCGGGUCGAAGAUCAAGUCUGCAGCCACAAAGCUGGCCAAGGCGGCGGAUGCAAACGCGAGUGCGCCAGACGACAGUAGUGUGCACAAGAAGUUCCUCUCGGCCGCCAAGUCGUUUGCAUCUGCGCUCAAGACGUACGAGAGUGCAACCAAGAGCGCUGCGCUAGGGGCCGGGCUUUUGGGUGGUGGGUCUUUGGCGGGGCCAAGCGGAGCCCCAGGCGGCGAUGGCGGCUCGCUUGUGGAUGAGCUCCUGGGCGGGGCUGCAGCCGUGGGCAACGCUGUCAACACGCUCAUUGCGGCGUCGAAGCUUGUGUCAAGCGAUGUGACGUCUGCCAAGGCGCAGUCCAAGAUGGACAAGAAGCUUAAGAGCGCGCUGGAGGCCCUGGGCGUGCUGCAGCAGCACGCCAGACUCAUCACGCCCGGGCAGAAGGAGUGCGCUGAUGGGGCCGAAGCUGCUGUGCGGGUGGCGCAGGAGCUGGGCAAGGCUGCGCUUGAGGUUGGCGUAUCGCGACCCAAGGCGGGAGCGGGAAGGCAGUACGGGACCAAGGCGGCUGCGCUGAGUGGGGCGCUGAGUGGCGUGGAAGCCGGGCUGCAGGCGCUGGGCGAGGCUGCGGUGAGCUCUGCCGAUGCACUCGUUCGAGCUGCCGCGGAGCUUGCGGCAGCGCUGGGUAACUUGCCGGGCAAGCUGCGCGGAGCAGCCGAGGCGGCGGCCCAGCCUGCACUGGGAGCGCGUAUUCUGCGGAGUGGAGCAGGCGUCGCUGAGGCUGCCAUGGUGCUGUUUGAAAGCGCAAGCGAGGCCGGCGGUGACCCCAAGCACGCGGGCCGGAUAAGGCCGGUAGUGGCGCAUGCACUCGAGGCUGUCCGUGCCGUGACAGCAGUGGUGAAGGCGGAAGAGGCUGCUGGCGAGGCCGGGCGAGCUGCCGAGGCGCAGGUGGAGGCUGCGCUUGCACGGCUGCGGGAGGGUGCGGCGGCGCCCGAGGCUGCGGCAGCGUCACUAGUUGACGGACUCAAGUACGGUGACUACCAAAAGGCGGUCAAGACACGGCUCCUGGAGCUUGUGCGCGGAGCGUCCGAGGUGAUGGAUGCUGCGCAGACGGCACCAGAGACGGUGACGAGCGCGGUGCUGGUGGUGACCGAGGCGCUGCCAGGCGUGGUUGCGGCGGUGCUGGGAUGCAUGGCACUGACGGGCGAGGACGAGGCACGGCAAGCGCUGCUUGCUGCCGGCGAGGCAAUGGCUGCUGCGAUUGCACAGUUGGCGACGGGAGCGAGCAGCGUGCUUAUGGGCUCGCCUACUGGGUUGAGCGCGGUCUCCAGCGGGUCGCAGCAGCUGUCGGAGGCGCUGACGCAGGUUCUGGGAGCAGCUGCGCGCGGCGCGACCGGCAAGCGGAUGCUAGAGGGCGCGGUGUCUGCCAUGAGCCAGACACUCGGUGAGCUGGAGACGAUCAAGUUCCUGGUGGGAGCGCAAGAGCUGCCCAAUGAGGCCAACGCCGAAUUUGGCGAGCUAGUGGGCUCACUCCGGAGCGCCGCGAGCGAACUCGUCGAGCUUGUCGAGUCCAGCGUCGGGGCUGAAGGGAGCAUCGAGCUGAGUGCAGAAGAGCGCGGUGCGUUUGCCAUGGAAGCCGCCGAGGCAGCGGCCAAGGUUGUGGAGCUUGCCGAGCUGGGAGCUGCUGCGCUUGACGAGGCUGUGGACCAGAUGGCGCUGCUUAAUGCUGCCGGCAACCUUGCGUGUGCGCUCAAGUCGCUGGUGGUGGAGAGCGGAGGGCUGAGUGGGCUGCAGAGUGCGGCAGCCGCGUUUGGCGGUGCUGUGGAUGCGGCGGCGGCGGCGGACAAGCGGGUGCAGGCGACGAUUGACCAGGUGUGCGACAAGGUGAUGGCGAGUGCGGCGGCGGCUGAGGCGCUGCAGAAAAGCGGCAAGGGCGGGACGGGAACAGGCUCGUCGCCAUCGCGGGCCGAGGUUAGCGCUGUGGAGAGCGCGGCCAAGGGCGUGCUGUUGUUCUCGCAGCGGCUGCUGUUUGCGGCGGGCCGAGGCAAGCAUGCCUUCCUAGAGCUGGCGGAGGAGGUUCCUGCGGCGCUCGAGACGCUUGUCAAGGCGCUCAGUCGCGCACUCGGUGGCGGCGAGCGAAUGGGCGUUCCCGGUGCCGAUGCAGUGGCCGAGGGCGGCGCGAACCUGGGUCCCUGCCUCGUGGAGCAGCUGCAGGCGUUUGGACUCUCAGGCGAUGUGAUGUCGGAGGCGGCCAAGGGAGUGAGCACUGGCGUGACGACAGUGCUCACCGGUCUGGGGCGGCUCAAGUCUGUGGAGGCCGGGCUGGAUCCGCUUGUUGCUUUCGAGCACGAGAUGGCGCAAGUGACAGCCGACAUCAACGCGAUGAAGUCGUCGCUGGCAGAGCUGGCACAGCUUGCGGCGUCUGUUGCCGGGGCCAAGGCGGAUGCAGCUCACGACGCGUUUGUGGCGCUUGUGAUCAAGGCUUCGCAGGAGAUUGUGUCUGCCGGAGUGGUGCUCGUGGAAGUGGCGAUUGCGGCGCACAAGGGCGCGCAGGCUGCGGACCACGAGGACAUGGUGCUUGCUGCGCGUGCUGUGGCAGCGGCGACUGGCGAGCUCGUCGCAGCGGCACGGUUCUUUAUUCAGGGUGAGGCGCGAGUGGAGGCGCUGGAGCGGGCCGCCAGCAGCGUUGCCGAUGCCAUCCAUGAGCUGGUGGAGGUUGUGUCGGGUGGCGCCGAGACCGAGGCGUUCAAGCGGCUGCGCGGAGCAGCGGCAGGGGUGGAGAGCUCGUGCAAGUCGCUCGCUGCCGCGGCGACAUCGUUUGCCAAGCCAGCAGUGCGGCCGACGGCCGCAUCAGGCGCCGGUGGGCCAGGCGCAGUCGGAAGCGGCGCAACCGCCGAUAGUAUCAAGGAGAUGAUCCGGCGGCGGGCCGAGAUGGAGAAGCUGCAGCGGAACUUGGCCAAGCUCAAGGCGCCGUAA